CAUGCAUUGUAAUUGAAAUUUGGCGGGGAAUUUCCAUGCUCUUCCUGUUGACAGUAAACAGUGCGGUCAUCAAGUAAGAUAUGGGAAUUCAUCAGCUCUCUAAAGUAAUUGGUGAUCAUGCCUCUGGUGCAGUGAAGGAGAAUGAAAUUAAGAACUAUUUUGGGCGCAAGGUGGCCAUUGAUGCAUCCAUGUGUAUCUACCAGUUUCUUAUUGCUGUGAGAUCAGAAGGCAAUGUGCUUACCAAUGAACAAGGAGAUGUCACAAGUCAUCUGAUGGGGAUCUUCUACCGAACCAUCAGAAUGGUAGAGAAUGGAAUCAAACCAGUCUACGUCUUUGAUGGCAAACCACCACAGAUGAAAUCUGGCGAGCUUGCCAAAAGAACGGAAAGAAGGGAGAAGACCCAGAAGGAGCUGGCUGAGGCAGAGGAGGCGGGCGAGGCUGAGACUGUGGACAAACUAAAUCGAAGAUUGGUCAAAGUGACAAGGGAACACAAUGACGAGUGCAAGCAACUUCUGAGGUUGAUGGGAAUUCCCUAUGUGGAGGCCCCGUGUGAGGCGGAGGCUCAGUGUGCGGCCAUGGUGAAAGCAGGGGUUGUGUACGCCACAGGAACAGAGGACAUGGAUGCUCUCACCUUUGGUUCCUCCAUCCUCCUCAGGCACUUAACUUUCAGUGAAGCCAGAAAAAUGCCAAUUAAGGAAUUUUAUUAUGGGAGAAUAUUGGAUGAAUUAGGACUGUCAGAUGAAGAGUUUAUUGAUCUCUGUAUACUGCUGGGCUGUGACUACUGUGAGUCUAUUAGAGGGAUAGGACCCAAGAAAGCUCUUGACUUCAUCAAACAAUACAAGUGCAUUGAAGAAGUAAUUAAACAUAUAGACCAAAAGAAAUACACAGUGCCCGAGGACUGGCUGUUUAAGGAAGCCCGUCAGUUGUUUAAAGAACCAGAAGUUGCAGAUCCUGGGACGCUGGACCUAAAAUGGACUGAACCAGAUGAGGAGGCUGUGGUGAAGUUCAUGUGUGAGGACAAAGGCUUCAAUGAAGAAAGAAUACGGAAUGGUGUAAAAAAGCUGGCAAAGGCACGCCAAGGAUCUACACAGGGAAGACUAGAUAGUUUCUUCAAGGUUUUACCAAGCCCAGGGGGAAGCAAGAGGAAGAAAGAGGAACCCAAGGGAUCAGCAAAGAAAAAAGCAAAAACUGGAGGUGGAUUCAAGAAACCAAAGUAGAGACUCACUUGUGUAAUAUUGUGAUAAGAAUAAAAUAGAAGAAGUAUUUUGACAUUUUUUAAAGAAAAGAGCUGUCAGAUUCUAUGAUUAAGAAACUAAUCUCUGAGUGUAAAUAAGAUGACAUUGGCAACUUUUUUUGUUAAUUCUGAAAUAUCCACUCAAAGCUUGUGUUAGUGGUAAGGCCUUGAUUGGAGCUAGGUAAGAGAAUUAAUUAUACUUUAACAUGGAUGCAAUGCAAUGUUUGGUGAUGAUGUUGGAGUCCUGUGGGUGUGUUUUGUUACACCACAUAACAUUGACCAAGAUGUAUUCAGUUGACAUAAAUUUUUUUU